CCAGCCCCCAGCCUGGGCGAGGUGAAGCCAACAGAACGCAGCUUCUCAGGUCUCUGACCAUGGCCUCGCUACGCACUGCCCACCCGAGGCUGAGGAACUACUUCAAAGAAAACUACAUUCCUCAGGUCUGCGAGGCACUGUUAUGUGGUCUACUUGUUACGUGUCCUGAGGAUCCACUGAAAUAUUUAGAGGAAAUGAUCAUGACUAUAAUUGAAAACGGUCUCGAAAGUGUUCUUUGGGAUAUGUGCAUUGAUCCAUCAAUGAAACCAAAUAUUCGAAGACUGUCUGAAACUUACCUGGAACAACUUUUUGGAUUGGAUGAUCAGCUGAUGACUCCAGAAUUGAUGACAAAAGCAUGUACCUUUUACACUGGACAUUUAAUAAAGACCCAUUUUUGCACUUGGAGAGACACAGCAAUAACUCAUGUAAAUGAAGAUGACAUCCUGGCUGAAAAAAUGAAAACAGCAGUGGCACAUCAUAAUUUCAAACUUCAAAAAGUUGUAUUUUAUCCCUGGCACUCUUAUGCAGAAAGUCAAAAAGAAAAACUUGCAGAUAUGCUAUUCCGGAUACAAAAGAUGUUCUACUAUAGCAAGCUAACAAUUUUCCUGACAAAAUGGAGGGACAAAGCAAGAUGUCAGAAUAAAAAGAGAGAAUAUGAGCUGAUGUUAAAACAUGAACUUCAAUGGAAAAAAUGGAAAAAUAAGUUAAAAUUCAAAGCAGCUGCUGAAGACUAUAGUUUAUCUGAGGUUGCUCUACUAGGUGACACUCCAGAAUGUGACAUUUCACUGUUACCUGAAAAAGCAAUAUUACAGGUUUUCUUCUACCUCACUUUAAGAGAUGUGAUAGUAUGUAGUCAAGUUAGUCAUGCCUGGAUGUCGAUGACACAAAUAAGCUUAUUGUGGAAUGCUAUUGAUUUUUCCACAGCGAAAAAUGUGCUUACAGAUAAAUAUGUAGUGUCUACUUUGCAAAGGUGGCGUCUAAAUGUGCUGAGUUUGAAUUUUCAUGGUUGUCUUCUCCGACCAAAAACUUUGAGAUCUGUCAGCCACUGUAAAAACUUGCAAGAGUUGAAUGUCUCUGACUGCCCAACACUCACGGACGAAUCGAUGAAACACAUCUCUGAGGGCUGCCCAGGGGUCCUCUACCUCAAUCUGUCUAACACAGCUAUCACCAACAGGACGAUGCGACUCCUGCCAAGGCACUUCCACAAUUUACAGAAUCUUAGUUUGGCUUACUGCAGAAGGUUCACGGACAAAGGUUUACAGUACCUGAAUUUAGGGAAUGGUUGCCACAAGCUCAUCUAUCUGGACCUUUCAGGCUGCACCCAGGUUUGUCUUUCAGUCUUUUCUCUCCUACAGCGGACGAGGAGGUCCUCCCAAGAACCGGCUGCAUCCAGCCCUCAUGUUAUACUCAUGCUGUGCACGGACCCAGCACACUUUGCAGAGGUUUUAAAUUACAUGGCCACAGCUGCUUAA